GUUAGAUAAGCCGGUUAGUUAAAUAACACGACCGUAAAUAAUUGUCCGCUGAUCUGAAUAAUUUAAAUGUUCUGAUAAGACUCACACCGGUGGCUGACCACUGUGCUAGUAGAGCAAUUAUAUGUACCAUGUGGACACUAUUUAUGUUUAGAACGCUGAAAUUUUACUUACGGUGCAUCACCAUGGCUAAUUGUCGUAGUUUUUCGUACUUUUGUUUUUUAGUAUUACUUGUUUUUAUUUUUAAUAGCGCCGAUGCUGUGACGCAGGAAAAGUUGGACUCUAUUUUUUUACGCUUGUACACGGGAAACGAUGCAAGCCAGUACAUUGAUGAAAAUCUGAACAAUUCAAAAAACUUACUUUCUCAAAUCGAUGACCAUAGAAAUAUAACUAUUUACAUCCACGGGUACACCGAAAGUGUCAACAGUUCCAGCGUAAAAACAAUAGUUGAUGCAUACAUGACUCGAGGGGAUCACAUUGUCAUGGCAGUCGACUGGAGUCUGAUUGCUAAAGAAAGUUACUUGGGAGUUGUUGAGAGUGUUGAAGCUGUCGGUAGAUAUUUGGCCCGUGCAAUUAGUAAUAUGUCUUGUGCGGAUCAUUCCAUAACUCGAAGAAUUCACAUUGUUGCGCAUUCGAUGGGUUCUCAUGUUGCUGGCGCCGCCGGAAGAAAAAUCAAUCCUUUAUUGCCAAGAAUUACUGGUUUAGAUCCAGCUGGUCCUCUAUUUAAUCUCCUUCGAAAUCCUCUAUCAAGUUCAGAUGCAGAAUUCGUUGAUAUAAUCCACACAGACGCAGGUCUCUAUGGUAAAACCCUUGGCUCUGGUCACGUUGAUUUUUGGCCAAACCGCGGAAUCAGAACCCAACCAGGGUGCCCUAAAUCUGCAGCAAUUUAUAGCGAAGACGAUUUCUGCAGCCAUCAUCGCUCAUGGAUUUUCUAUGCAGAGUCCCUUCUAUCGGAGAAAGCUUUUCUCGCUGUCAGGUGUUCAUCCAAUGGCAAGUCCUCACCCACAGACUUGCAAAUCAUUCCGAUGGGUUAUGCAACACCACGUGAAGCGCGUGGUAACUACUGUUUGAUAACCUCGGCACAGAAACCAUAUGGAUUACAAAUGAAUGGCGCUAAAGAACAGUGACUAAUACUAACCACGUUAUGUACAAACGAGUUUCAUUUUAUUUUUGAAGUUAUUUAAAUAAAAAUAAACUAAAAAUA